CUAGCGUUUGUUCCGUUGUAGCAUCAUCUAGAUUCUAGCAAACAAAAUUGAAGAGAAGUAAUCAAUAACUUCUAUAUUUUGCAUUUUUAAAUCCGUUACAUAUUCUUUUUGUAUAGAAACAAAUUAAAAUUUAUUUUUUAAUUUAUUCCAUUGUUAUUAUGUUAUUUUUAGCUAGUCAAUGUGUGUAACACGCACUUUUCAUUUAAGGGAAUUGCCAUAAAAAUCAUUGCUAUUUUUAAUUUUUAUUUGAUUUUGUAAUUGGAAUAAAUCUUGAUUUAUCUUAUUAAAUAUUUACCAAAAUAUGAGCGGAGUCAAAGAAGACGUCAACUUGGACCUAGAUGCUGACGACUUCGGUCAAAACGACGAUUCCUUGGAGAAUGGAGUUUCUAAGAAAGAAGAAAAAGUUGAUAUCAAAAGUAAAAAACGCAAGAAAUGUUUACGAGACAAAGAUGCCCCAAGACAUCCAUUAUCAGGUUAUAUACGAUUUCUUAAUGAUAGACGAGAUCAGUUUCGUGCAGAAAAUCCCAAUUUGCCUUUUGCUGAGAUAACUAAAAUGUUAGCUACAGAGUGGAAUCAGUUGCCAGGAGAUAAAAAACAACAAUAUCUACUAGCUGCUGAACAAGAUAGAGUGAAGUACAUUGAAGAACUUACUGCUUAUAGAAAAACAGACGCUUACAAAAACUUUAUUCAACACAAAUCAAAAAAGAAAAAACCUGAUAUCAUUCCAGAGAUCCAUGAACAACAAAAACCAGAAAAAGAAAAGGAAAAAGAAAAAGAGAUUAAUGAUAAUAAGGAUGCCUAUGAAAUUCCAAUAUAUUCAGAUGAAUUUUUAAACUUCAAUAGAGCUAGAGAAUGUGAACUUCGACAUCUCCGAAAAUCUGUUACUGAUCAAGAACAAGAAGUUUCAGUGUUAGAUAAACAUAUUGAAAACAUGAACAACGGUAUCAGUAAAUUAGUUUCAAGUACUGAUCAACUGAAAAAAAGUUGUGAAAAGUUUGAAGAACAUUUAAGAAAUUUAAGAUCAAAAUUCCUUGAUUCAUUUUCAAAUAUACAAUUACCAGAAAAUAAAGAAUGUCCAUCACUUCAAAAUAUUGACCAAUUUGUUUUAAAAUUAGCAUUGCUUUUGAAAACUGGCGCUGACUCAAAUUUAAUUACAAAUGUGAAGAGAGCUGUUUCAAAUCUAGAUGUUUCUCAAUUUUAACACACUUAUUGAUUUUUUAUUAGUAUUACCAAUUUUAAGUAUAAGAAUAGAUGUACUGGUAUUCAAUUGAAAACCUUUAGCAUCCAUAACAUAUUUUAAAUUAUAUUAUAAUUUUAAUCAUAAAUUAUUAUUGUUCAAUCAGUACAAAAUUGACAAUGUAUUGAAUUAUA